CCGCCCCGGCCCUCCCUCCCGGAGCCGCCCCUCAGCGCCCGGCCCGCUCCCCGUGUCGGCUGGCCGGCGGCCGGGGCCGCGCGGGGCCGCCCCGGGAGGAUGCUGCGCUGCAUGCCGCCGCUGUGGCGCUGUAACCGGCACGUGGAGGCGCUGGACCGGCGGCACUGCUCGCUGCAGGCGGUGCCCGAGGAGAUCUAUCGCUACAGCCGCUCCCUGGAGGAGCUGCUGCUGGACGCCAACCAGCUGCGGGAGCUGCCCAAGCCUUUCUUCCGGCUCCUGAACCUACGCAAGCUGGGCCUGAGUGACAAUGAGAUUCAGAGACUUCCCCCCGAGGUGGCCAACUUCAUGCAGCUGGUGGAGCUAGACAUCUCUCGCAAUGACAUUCCAGAAAUCCCUGAAAGCAUCAAAUUCUGCAAAUCCCUGGAGAUUGCUGACUUCAGUGGGAAUCCCUUAUCCAGGCUUCCUGAGGGCUUCACCCAGCUGCGGAGCCUGGGCCACCUCGCCCUGAAUGAUGUAUCCCUGCAGAGCCUCCCCAGUGAUAUCGGGAAUUUGGCAAAUCUGGUGACUCUGGAGCUGCGUGAGAACCUGCUCAAGUCCCUCCCCACUUCGCUCUCAUUCCUCGUCAAGUUAGAGCAGUUGGAUCUUGGUGGCAAUGACCUGGAAGUGCUGCCAGACACUCUGGGAGCACUACCGAACCUGCGGGAGCUCUGGCUAGACCGAAACCAGCUCUCAGCCCUGCCCCCGGAGCUGGGGAAUCUUCGGCGCUUGGUCUGUCUGGAUGUGUCUGAGAACAAGCUGGAGCAGCUUCCCAAUGAGAUCAGCGGGCUGGUGGCACUGACAGACCUACUGCUGUCGCAGAACUUGUUGGAACGCAUACCUGCUGGGAUUGGUCAGUUGAAGCAGCUCUCCAUCCUAAAAGUGGAUCAAAAUCGGCUGGCUGAGAUGACUGAGUCGAUUGGGGACUGUGAGAAUCUCUCGGAGCUCAUCCUGACAGAGAAUGUGCUGACAGCCUUGCCAAAAUCCCUGGGGAAGCUGACAAAGCUGACCAAUUUGAAUGUGGACCGGAACCGUCUGACAGCACUUCCCUCUGAGAUUGGGGGCUGUGCCAGUCUGAAUGUGCUGUCCCUGCGUGACAACCGCCUGGUGCUUCUGCCUCCCGAACUUGCCAACACCACGGAGCUGCAUGUGCUGGAUGUGGCAGGGAACAGGCUGCAGAACUUGCCCUUUGCCCUGACAAAUCUCAACCUGAAGGCCCUGUGGCUUGCAGAGAACCAGUCCCAGCCCAUGUUGAAAUUCCAGACAGAAGAUGAUGAGAAGACGGGCGAAAAGGUUCUCACCUGUUACCUGCUGCCCCAGCAGCCAUCUCCCAGUCUAGAGAAUCUCCUGCAGAACAGCGUGGAUGAAAGUUGGACAGACACCAACUUGAACCGGGUCAGUGUGAUCCAGUUUUUGGACGAGCCCAAAGCUGAUGAUGACGAGGAGGCUGGAGCUGAGAAGAGAGGCCUGCAGCGCAGAGCAACUCCUCACCCUAGUGAGCUGAAGGUCAUGAAGAAAGUGAUGGAAGUUCGGCGCAAUGAGACAUAUUCUGCGAAGCCCGAUGUGGACGUGGAUUCUCCAAACUCAGAGGUGAAGAGGCUGAGUGCCAUGUCCAAUCGCAGCGAGGACUCGCACGUCUCUAACAGCACUGUCUCUGCCAACUUCAGGGAGGAGGAGGAGGAGGGGGCGGGAGGAGGGGGAGACAGGCUGAAUGGGCAAGUGCCCGAAACACAGAAGCUGGAGAAUGAGGCGAAGCCUGGAGCUGAAGAAGAGCAGGAGGUGGAGGCGGUGGCUGGUCAAGAGGAGGAGCUGGAAGUGGAGUACAAUGAGCCCACAGUGCAUUUUGCUGAGGACACUCUGAUCCGGAGCGAGGAUGAGGAUGAAGACCGGCCGUUCCCAGUGGAGAAGCAGAGGCUGAUCCGCAAGGACACACCGCACUAUAAGAAACACUUUAAGAUCACCAAGCUGCCCAAGCCAGAGGCAGUGGUGGCGCUCCUGCAGGGGCUGAACAGUGACAGGGUCCCUGAGGAAGAGGAGGAGCUGGGGGGCUGCAAUAACAGUGCAGAGCCUGAGGAGCAGGAGGAGGCCUGGGACAAGGAUGAUAUGAAGAACGGAGCCUUGUCCACACAGCCGUCAGUCAAGGGGGUGUCGUUUGAUCAAGCCAAUAAUCUGCUGAUUGAGCCUGCUCGCAUUGAGGAGGAAGAGCUGACCCUGACUAUCCUGCGGCAGACAGGGGGGCUGGGCAUCAGCAUCGCAGGGGGCAAAGGGUCCACUCCCUACAAGGGUGAUGACGAGGGCAUCUUUAUUUCCCGUGUGUCAGAGGAGGGCCCUGCAGCCCGAGCAGGAGUCCGUGUUGGGGACAAGCUCCUGGAGGUGAACGGAGUAGCCCUGCACUGUGCGGAGCACCACGUGGCAGUGGAGGCGCUGCGUGGCUCAGGCAGCUCCGUCUCCAUGACGGUGCUUCGGGAGCGGAUGGUGGAACCCGAGAACGCCAUCACGGUUACACCGCUGCGCCCCGAGGACGAUUACAGCCCACGAGAGCCACGGGGUGGCCUGUGCUUUCCAGAGCGGCCUGAGGGGGCGCCACCCACAGACAGAUUCUCCACCUGCCUCAUGCGCAAUGAGAAGGGACUGGGCUUCAGCAUUGCCGGGGGCAAGGGCUCCACACCCUACAGGGCGGGUGACACGGGGAUCUUUAUCUCCCGGAUCGCAGAGGGUGGUGCGGCCCAUCGGGACGGGACGCUGCACGUUGGAGACCGGGUCAUCUCGAUCAAUGGGGUAGACAUGACAGAAGCCAGGCAUGAUCAGGCAGUAGCGCUGCUUACCGCAUCCUCCCCCACCAUCGCGCUGCUGGUAGAGAGAGAGGGUGCACAGCAGCUCAUCGAGGGAGACUCACCAGUGGUGCAGCGAGUGCGCCCGCACUCCCCACCACCACCUCCCAGCCAUGGGGAGAGCCCGCCUGAGGAGACGCCUCUGCUGCAAAGGAACCAUCUACCCAAAGGCCUGGAGGACCAGUACCCCAUUGAGGAGAUCUGUCUGGUCAAAGCUGGGGGGCCCCUGGGGCUCAGCAUUGUUGGAGGCAGUGACCAUUCAAGCCACCCAUUUGGGAUUCAUGAACCAGGUGUCUUUAUCUCAAAGGUCAUUCCCCAUGGGCUGGCAUCCCGCAGUGGCCUGCGAGUAGGGGACAGGAUCCUGGAGGUCAAUACUAUUGACCUGCGCCAUGCUACUCACCAGGAGGCUGUGAACGCCCUGCUGUCCAGUACACAGGAGCUGAGCAUGUUGGUGCGACGAGAUCCUCCGCCACCUGGCAUGCAGGAAAUCUGCAUUGAGAAGGCUCCUGGAGAAAAGCUGGGCAUCAGCAUUCGGGGGGGAGCGAAAGGCCACGCUGGGAACCCCUUUGACCCCACCGAUGAGGGCAUCUUCAUCUCCAAGGUGAGUUCCUCUGGGGCUGCUGCCAGGGAUGGCCGGCUGAAGGUGGGGCUGCGGAUCCUGGAGGUGAAUCACCAGAGCCUGCUGGGAAUGACGCACACAGAGGCAGUGCAGAUCCUACGCAGUGUGGGUGACAAGCUCCUUGUGCUUGUGUGUGAUGGCUUUGAUCCCAAGGCCGCAGCUGCCAUUGAGAUGUCCCCAGGAAUCAUUGCCAACCCCUUUGCGGCUGGCAUUGGCCGCAAGAACAGCCUGGAGAGCAUCUCCUCCAUUGACCGUGACUUGACCCCAGAGGAGCUGGAGAUCCUACAAAAGGAGAUGGAGAUGGUGAGGGAGGCGACUCAGUGGGAGAGAGAAGAAAUGGAGAAAGUGGAGAGGAUGCGUAGGGAGCGGGAGGCAGCCACGCAGCUCCUUGAGGAGGAGGCAGAGAACAUCAGCAGUGAGCCUUUGCGACUGGACUAUCGGACCCUGGCAGCUUUGCCCAGCAACAACUUACCAAGAGUCACCCGUGCACUCGUUCAGUGUGAUCGAGCCAGCUCUGGAAUGGAGAGUGACUGCACUGUGCUGCCUCUGCCAGUGGCUCUGGACAGCCAGAAUUCAGACCCUGACCCAAUCGCAGGCCUGAGCAGCACUGUAACUAGCCCACCCCAGGACCCGGCAUCACCUGGCAAGCACAAAGAAAGGGCAGCCCUGGUCCUGCUACACAUGCAGGAGCCUGUGGGCUGCCCCCUGACCCAGGACCAGCAGCCAAAGCCUCAGCAGCCAGAUCAAGAGAGUAUGGUCGACUCUCAACCAAUCCUCUUCAGUGAGAACCCCUUUGUGGUGGCUAAUCGAAGGGGGAAGGCAGCAGGCAAGGCCUGUCUGGGAGGCCCUCCCCUCGGCUAUGGCCAGGGGGGAGUUCUGAAGACCAACCUUUACUCCAAGGCUCCAGCAGGUGAGUCUGGGCCUGGGAGCUCCAGGCGGGAUGCCUCUUACUCACCGAGCAGCCAGCAGCCACCUGCAGCCCUUCGGCCUGCUCACCUGUCAGGCAGGGAGACUCGCUUUGCUUCCAUAAACUUCAUCCCACCGCAAGAUGACAGCAAAUCAACCAAGCCGGGCGUCAUUCAGCCUCUCUCCCGGGUGCGACAAAAUGCUGCCCCACCUAGUUCGGAGGGCAGGGACAGCCCCAACCCCUUCCAGCAACCUGAGUCAUGCUCCAGUGUCCAGAACUCUCUGCGUCCCCCCUCACCUCCCUCUCCUGAGGAUGUCCCAGUCAGUGUCAAGCAGGCAUACAAGACCUUUGCAGCGGUGCCUCUGUCACAGGCAAAUAAGGAGACGCAUGGUCAGACAAGCACCGAGAAACCUAAAGCUUCUCCUGAGAUGCUGUCAUCGGGGGGACUGCACAGCCCAGAGCAGCGAUCCUUCCGUGAGAGGCAAAAGUACUUUGAGAUCGAGGUGAAACAGCAGCAGGUGGAGAAGCCCCCCAAGCGUGUCUCCCUGGUGGGGGAGGAUGACCUGAAGAAAAUGAAGGAGGAGGAAGCUCGUAAACUGCAGCAGAAACGGGCUCUGCUGUUGGAGGAGGAGGAGGAAGAGGAAGAGGAGGAUGUGGGGAAGCUGAUGCCCGAUAUGAGCAUGCAGUCCAGUGUCAUCAUCGAAGGAGUGGAGUACAAGAUCAAGAGACUAAAUGGAAGUAGCAUUCAGUCCCCGGCAACUCGGAUCUCUGAGGCAGAUGAGCACAGCAGUUCCCAGAGAAACUCACUAGAAGAAGGAUUCAAGCCCGAGCAGAGGCCUAAUUCUAUGUCUGGACUGAUCCCAGUUUACCCAGGAGGGGGAGAGGCAGGGGCACCUGUGCGAACGGCCAAAGCUGAGCGACGGCACCAGGAGCGAUUGCGGAUGCAGAGCCCUGAGUUCCUAAGUACCCAGGAGAAGGAGCUGUCUCCAGCUGAGCGCCGGGCCCUGGAGGCAGAGAAACGAGCCAUGUGGAGGGCAGCACGAUCCUCCACUCUUGAAGACAGUAUUAAACAGUACGAGCAGGAUCUGGCCAGGAAGCUCUACCAGUCCCGACAGCGGGCACCUGCACCAGGGGCCAGGCCAGCUCAGGUGUCUAGCCCAGGGCAGAGUCACGUCUCAAGAACCCCUGGGUCAGGAAGUCAAUCCAGGAUGAAGUCUCUGGAGCAGGAUGCCCUCAAAGCCCAGAUGGUGAUUGCCAAGUCCAAGGAGGGGAAGAAGCGCAGCACACUGGAACAGCUGGCUGAAUCGCCUUCACCUGCUCCCACCCCCUCCCCAACGCUUCCAGAAGAUUGCAGCCCCAGGAAUGUCACUUCACCAGGGAGGCUGUCCAUGUCUGAAAAGAAGUUUGACUACCGGGAAUUUGCCGCUAUUCCUUCUUCCAAACCUGUUUACGAAAUUCAGUCACCCGAAGCAGUUGGCAAUCUCAGAUACGUGGAUGACACAAAUAGCACAGUUCCCCAGGAGCAGGGUGGGCCAGCAGAGGAAGAGGAGCUGUUAGUAACUCACGAUUCCUCAACACCCACCACAUCAGCACUUGAAGAAAUGGCUCUGUACAGCAGCAAGCGCAAACUCCGACACAGCCGUCGCAGUCUGGAGGCUGCUGUCCCCACAUAGGGGGCCUGAUGCAUGGGGGCAACAGGACAGCCCAGCACAGGGCUCUACACCUUCCUGCACUCCACAGACAGCACUGGACUGGGUCCCACAGCUGCCUCCUUGGCAUUGGCUGGGAACUGCGCACCCAGGAGGCGUUGUGGUUAACUAACUUCCUUUAGGCUGUGAACAUCCUUUUUCUCUCACUACCCACAGUGCACUGGGGCAUGUGCUGAACAAAACAGGACAGUGCUGGACUUGUAGAUGUUUGACGGGGUGGGGGGGCAGGGCAGUGGGCAGCAGCAGUUUGUUAGUCUGUAAAUAGUGUGUGAGUGUGUGUGUGCGCGCGUGUGUGACGCUGCACCUGUUAUUCCCUCCACUUGGGUUUUUCAGUGGCUACUACGGGGGCUUUGUUCUGAUAUGACUUAGCAAGAAGGGCCAGCCCUUUACUCCCUUCUAAAUCCCACUGAUUUGUCAAAAGCCAGCUUCCCCCCAACCAUAGAGAGUCAUGUCCAUGCAGAGGCAGAGAUCUGUGACAUCUCUAGAAUGCAUUGUCCCCAUUCCACUCUACCACCAGGCCAACAAUCAUCUGGCUUGGUGUGAUGCUGUUCCUCUGGCAAUAGGUCUGCCCCCCAGAUGCACAUGUAAUUCAUGUAGCAGAGGCUGUGGUCCAUUCCAGGCAAACACACUACAUGGGGAGGGGGACAUGUGGGGAGCAGGUGCUGACUGUCCUGUGUGAGAGUCGCAUCCAUGAGCUGGAUGAACUAGGACAGAUGGGCGUGCGAGGCUAUAGCAGUGUGUGCAUGUGACAGCAGUAGGGACAGACUAGUUGGGGAUUAGAAUGUGGUGACACAGCAGUAGGCGGUACAAAUGAGACAGUGGGGUAAGGUUAUAGUAUGGGGUGCAGGGAGCACGGUGGGACAUGGAUUAGCUGGGGUCAGGUGAAGGGUACUGGGUGCAGGAUGAUGAUGGUACACAGAGAGCGCUGGUGGCAGCAGCAGAAGGUGGUGGCUCUCACUGUGUUGCCCAUGUCCACUGAAGUAAAAUGUGAGUGUUGAGGGAGGUUGGAGCACAGACAAAGUGAGCACCAUGCAGGGAGAUAACAGAUAACGAGAUAUGCCUCCUGCUAACUACAAAUCCUACCGUCUCUCUCUGACAACAUGGUGCCGUCCUGACACUUUACCUGCAGAUUAGAGCAGACAAGAGAUUCUUUACACAUACACCAAGGAUGUUAUUGCUGGCUUCCUGCCUGGAACAAGGGCUCUAUCAGCCUCUGUACCAAGUGAACCCAAGGAUCUGGCACCAGUGACUAGGCGCCUGUAUCUACCAGUGAAAUUAUUGUUUCUCUUGUUCUUACAGCCCUCCACGAGUUAAGCAGCCCUUAUCCACACACGCCCAAAUCAAAGCAAGGCAUCUGAGCUUGGUCUUGGCAAUGGUCUGAGUGAUCUUUCCACUCCCUCUAACAAAUCGGUGCUCUCUUAUUUGCUGAUGCCGCCAGCAGUAAGCCCAGAGUUGGCCCUUAAUCCUCCCAGUCCCAGGAUGUGACUAGGGAGUGGUGGGUACUUCUGCUUGUACAUUUACUAAAUGACUGGAUGCGGUUUCUUUUAGUUGAGAAUCUCCUCUCUUCACACCAAAUCACAUGGCUCAUUUUAACUGAAUUGAUAUGUUUAAUUUUACAGGGCUUGGACGGAGGGAAAUCCAAUAAUCUAUCAAACUGCAGCCAUGGCUGCUGCCAUCAUCAGCAAUUUGAGCUUUUCCUUUUUAAAACCUCAUUUUAGCAUUUGCUUUUUAACAAGAGCAAUUUCUGGAAAGAAUCAUGAAUUGGUUUUGGUGACUAACUUGUGAUUUUCCUUUCCCUUUGCGGUACCUGGGUGCCAGGCUCUGAUCUCUCUCCUCUCCUGAGAGAUGCAGAGGAAAAAUUAGCUCAUCAAGACUGUAACUAGUGAAAUUUGUACAACCAAAGAAAUCUAUUUUGUGGAUCAAGGAGAAUAAAGUUUACUUUACAUUUUA